AUGGUGUAUCUCAAGCACUGGAGCGAAUUCAGGGCGCAGGCCUUGGAUUUGUGCAAGAAAAGUCCGAAUAGGACACGAUUUUCUAUCAAGGCACGACCCAAGUUGCAAGUGCUUGUCAUCAAAGUCACAGACGACUGUGUGACGUUGAAAUUCCGAUCGAAGUCGGCGAUCAUUUUAAACCGGCUGGACGAAUUCCAGCGCGACAUGUUUACGAUCAUGUCCGGUGUGGUGCCGCCUGCACCUACGAAAGAAGAGCCUACGUCACAAACAGCAGAGACUCCCAAGCCGUCCACUGCAUCCCAGCCCCCGCCCAAGGGCAGCAGCGGUAAGAAGAAAAAGGGCAAAAAGAAGUAA